GCUUUCUACACUGUUCCUCGCUGCGUCCAUUGGAAAAUCGAAAGCGUUGCACACACAUUUAUAUCUUUUCACAAUUUAUAUCCAUCUUCCUCCUCCCUGGCUAGACCCAACCUCGCCAACCUCGUAUUCAAACUUCACCUCUCUCCCCCCCCCCAAACCCAAAAUUGGUCAAACUUCACACCUGGCAUUAGCAUCACUUUGGUCUACCGAAAUCCCGAUCCUAUCUAAUACAUAUCCACACAGAAGCAUCCAUCUUCGCCUGCUCCACUCAUCUCACUUCACUCCUCUUUUGCUCCACCAUCCACACCAGACCUAUCCUUUUCGGGCGCCCACCCAGGAUCAUGGUUGUGAUUGCGGUUUGAAUCUUUCUCUCACGCAGCAUUCAGGGAAGAGAAGGGAAGGGAAACUCUUCUGAUGAUGCUGAUUCUCUAGUUCUUUAGUGCCAAAGAUCCAUAAUUCUCCCUUUGCGUUCUAUGAAUCUUCUACCGCCGCCAUUUUUACUUUUUCCUCGUUACUCUUCUGUGUAGUCCCGUCCUUGUUUAUUUAUUUUGGGCCGUUACUCGUACUCUUUUUUAUUAUAAUUGUCAUUCGUCCACGGGAAUUGGCUCAAUUGUGAGAUCGAUUCCACCAUUAAUAAUUAAAAAGGGUCGGAGAUAUUCCCAGAGCCACAACCCGUAGCGUCAAAUUCGAUUAUUCAUUACCAGACAAUCCAUACACACCGACGGACAUACAUACAUACAUACAUACAUACCAGACACACCACUCACCACUCACCACUCACCACUCGCACUCGCACCUCGACAUCCACACGAGAAUCAUCAUCAUCAUCAUCACCAGCAUAAUCAUCAUUACCAAUUCAUCGUCGUCAGACUUUCAAUAUACACCACACCACACUACACCACAAUUCCAUUUCCAAUCUCUUACACCUUGAGUCUCUCUUUUUUCCAGCCGCCAAUAACAACUCGGACUUCGGAUUUUAUAUCCCUCAAUCUCGUCGACUCCUCAAACACAAGGAGCUUUUUCGUUCUAUAUCCAUCAUCUGGCGCAUUCUCAAACUUGACGUCUUGUCAAAGCCCUCAUUUAAGCUACUGUCUGAUCCAAUUCACCGAGGAGAUUGCUCUGAAAAUCUAGAUUGACUACACUGUUUCGAAAAAUAAGACCACUCUUUCCAUCAAUCCACUUUGCUGUUCUUCCCUUCCGAUCUAAUACUUCAUUUUAAUCUUUGACGUUCUUACUUUGCUGAGACUUCAUCCAUUCUCUAUUCAACCAACGGCGAAAAUAAACUUAUUUCCAAGCAUUCACAUCUCAGCCUGCUUUGAUCUGGGAAGGUCGCAUUUGUAUUACUUGAAAACGUCGCAUUACGAGGUCCUUGAAGAAGAAAAAGAAGGCUUAGUUCCAUUCAGCCUCUCACCACUGCCACCUUAUUUCUGACGUGGAUACACAACGUUUCCGAACUUCAAAGAUUCGUUUCCAGAAGAAUAUCAACCGCCACGACCUUCUGUGCUUAUCCGGUUUUGUCACUCAACACCUCUCUGUGUGGUCGAAUUACUGGAAAAGUCCCCCUGUCAAAAUUCGGUACUCUGCGGUAGCCUGCAUCCCACCAGAUUACGACUGGCUUGCCUUCCACGCGGGCUUCAUCGAAUCGAGUUACUGUACCUUGCAGCAAACACCCAUUUUGACGACCUGCCUUGGACUAAUUUGUUUCUGACAAAUGAGUGGCACACUAUAGCACUUGCUUUUCUCUUCACACCCGACAAAUUCUACGAGAUAGAAUACGUGGGAAAUUAAAUUCAUAUUGGAGAAAGCAAUAAAGUGUACACACAUUACAAACAGUAUCCAUGAGAUACCUUCGAAGCGCGAUGCGAAAAUCGAAAACAAGGAAGCCUCCCCCACUAUACGUUGAAACGUACUCGAGAGAAUCAUCACCACGUUGUUCAUCCGUCAUUUCAGACUGCGACGCGGACGACGAGGGCUUCAUGUCGUCAGGAGAAUAUUUACCGUCGAGGACGAAAUCUCUCAAUGUUUCGAUUCCACCUGGCCCUUAUUGUCCAAGGCGACCAACGUUACAAGAGGUACUAUCGGAUGCUGCACCACCACCAUGGACUUUGAGCGCCUUCAUGGCAUACUUGUCACAGAACCAUUGUUUGGAAACUUUAGAAUUUACAAUGGAUGCAACCAGAUAUAAGAAACAUUAUCAGGCGACAUACGGCAGAGACCCAUACUCACCACUAUCCCCAACCGAUCAAGAUUCCGAAUACGUACGAAUGUUAUGGCGAAAGUUGUUGGAUGCGUAUAUCGCCCCAAACGGACCACGAGAAGUGAAUCUACCUUCUGAUGUUAGAGAUCGACUAAUCCAUCUACCGAACAUAUACGAGGCGCCGGACCCAAGAGAACUGGAUCAAGCCGUUAAGAUCAUAUACGAGUUGAUGGAUGAAUCUGUAUUGGUUCCAUUCCUGAACUCAAUUGCUCCUCCAUCACGUGCCUCUGAACACAGCCCGUGGGCCUCGAAUGAGUCAUUUGUUGACGCUGCUGGUAUAGCUGAAUCAUUAGAUGAGCGAUCACUGUCUCAUACUCGAUCACACGCGAGAAAGGGGAGCCCGCCUCUGAGUGGAGACAAUAUGUCUCAUUCUCACAGCCUUCCAGCCCAACGAUCAUCUCAGCAUCCACAUCUUACUGCUGCAUUAGGUCGCGUAACUUCUGCUCGCUUAUCAACAUUCAUGUCUGGCUCUUCAGGGACAUCCUCAGUCGAAUCCGAAAGUCUUACAGAUGACACUGAUUCACCAUCUCCCAUGGAACCAAUAACUCCUCCAACAACCCCACCAACUUCAGAUACUGGCUUCGUAAGUGAUUCACCUGGAACCAGCCCACGCCAUUCUCGUGAAGGAAGUGUCAGCUGGAAGAAGAUGGGUGCGAAACUCGGUUUCAAGAAGAGUCGAUCUGCUCAUGGAUCGACUAGUAGUUCGCGACGCCACAGCGUGAGUGAUGAUCAAAAUGGUAGUCAACCAUGACGGGAACAGGCCGCGUCGUCACUUUCUGAUGCUUUUUCUGAUAUUCCUUGCUCGAUGAAUCGACCAAUCGAAAAUCCCAUGAACAACUCCACCUCGACAAGAAAGGCAUCACAGCCUCCCGUCACAACACUGAAGUCAACUCAAGGAGCAUCACCACUUAUGGUUGCGCACCCUGGCUCACCGGUUGACUUCUUCGGGCGUCGGCCUUCACUCGUUAUGAACAUGGCAUCAAUGCAUGUUGGCAACGAAAAGGAUUUUUCAUUUGGGUAUUCUCGGUCCAACUCUUGGGCAAACAUAGAAGAGGGGAGGAGUAUGAGUAGAGGUAUUGGAGGGAAUGACGUGGCCGCAAAACUGGGGUCAGCUAUAAAUGAGAAGGAGAUGGCCAAAGCGAAAUCGAUGCAAGUUGCAUGCUCACCAUUCUAUAUUCCAGCGAAGGUGAUCGAACAAGAGGAACCAAGGAAGUCUUCAGAAACGGCAACUACCGAUGCAGAAGUUCACGCGGAUUUCGAUUUCGAGGGAGAUAAUGGUACUUGGAUUUCAGCACAUUCGGAAGCACACGCGUCGAGGACAAGCCUAGCAACGACUACUUCGUCGACUAGUACAAUUAUAGACGAUCGGUCUCCUGAUGAAUCCCUACUAGCCGACACUAGUGUCGCGUGUUCUUCUGCUAGUAGCAUCUAUUCCUGUUCAACUGCCAGCACCAAUUCUUAUACAAGUAGUACCGGUACCGAUAUAUAUGGUUGGGAAGAAGAACUCAAACGUAAGAGUAGCGAAGGUUCCCCGACAUGGGAUCACCGAAGCGAACUCGGAGCUGCCAUGAGACGUCUUCCAAGUGGUGGGAGAACAAUGGGUCCUCGUACCGAAUGUUCUGGAGGGGUUCAACAACUUUCUUGCAAACGCGCUGAUGGAAAGAGGAAGAGUCUGUUGUAUCGUGUAUUGAAUAUUUCGUCUACUAAAAGACUUAAUGAUGAGACACCGCCGGUACCAUCGAUGCCUUCUUUCUACUCGACACAAAAUGAUGCCCCUGAAAGGGCUACCCCUUGACAUCUUUCAAUUCUUGAACAAUAUUUUUACACAAACUGGGGCGAGAUGAGAAAACUAAGAAGAGACAAAAACAUGGAAUGUGGCAUAUACCUUUUGGAGUUUUCUUGUAUUGGGAUUAAGAACUUUUCUCAUACUUUUAUUAUUUCUUUUUGUUUUUGUUUUUUUGUUUUAGAUCAAUGUCUGUCACGAUAAGGAAUGAUGAAUUAAAAUGGCAUGGGAUGGAUCGGUUGGGAUGUUAACGAAGGGAUGGAUAGGCGUAGACUUGGGAUUUUACUUACUUUUCUUGCGAUGGAGACGAUUAUGGGAGGGUGAUAUCAGCAUGCAUGCAUAAAUGGAUUUGGGCGUUUAUAAUGAUGAUUCGGAAUGGAUGGCAUCUUGGAAGGAUAUCUGCUUGUUAUGUGUAUUUAUGCAUUGCAUUGCAUUGUUUGCAGGUGGGAUUUAUGGAUGGAUGGGGAUGAAUUGAUAGGGGGAGGGGAGUGAAGGAGAAUGUCUGUAUAUUUUUGGAGAAAGGAAGGAGAGAUUAAUUUUAGGAUGAGAGUGAUGGAGAGAGAAUUGAUGAUAUCACA